UAAACUCUCUUCGCCUUCAGUUCGCUCGCGGAUUCCUGUGUGAGUGCUUCUACUGCGACUGCGGCUUUUCUGGAUAUUUCCCCAGUUUUCGUUUGUCGAAAUUUCACGUCUACAUUCCAAAAACCCCCAGACAGAAUCCUCAUGAUGUCCAAGUUCUUCAAUACUGACCACAGCAAGGUGACUGUGGGUAUCGCCAUCGGUGUGGGAGUCGCUGCAGUGACGGCAGGAUAUUUCUACAAGCGCUGGGUGGAGAAUUCUCCACCCUCGAGGUGGGUUCGCGUAGGAGAACUCUCGGAUUUGGUGGUUUACCCAAUAAAGUCCUGCGGCCCCGUUCGAACCAAUGAGCUGGAGUGCAGCGUACUGGGCUUGGCAAAGGGCCACUUGAGAGAUAGGGUGUUCAUGAUCAUCACGCCCGAGGGGCAAUUUAUCACCGCCAGAGCCAGACCGAAAUGUCUUCAAAUUCAACCGCGAUUCGAGGGCGAUCGCAUGAUUCUAUCAGCCCCGGGAAUGCUGGACAUUGAGGUGGAUAUGAAGCGUCUGUAUGAGACAAAGCCUAUUCGGGCCGUCGUGUGGGGCGAAACCGUGGAUGCGGUGGAUUGUGGUGAGGAGGUGGCCAGGUGGAUCUCGAGGUUCCUCGUCAGUGAGGACAUUGGGAUGCGACUGGUCUUCUAUCCCGCCACAUUUCCUACUCGCAGUGUCCGGGAGAAGAACAGAGGUUUCCCGGAUCUCACUGAAGUUGACUCUGGCGCCCUGCACGACGCCACAAGCUUUAUGUUGAUGAACGAGUCUUCCGUGGCGGAGUUGAACUCGCGUCUAAAGGAUCCAGUCUCGCACAUGCAAUUUCGGCCCAAUUUCAUGGUUAAGGGACCCAUUGAAGCCUUCGUUGAGGAUAACUGGAAGUGGAUAAGGAUUGGCAAUCAUGCGGUAUUCAGGAAUGUCAAGCUUUGUGGAAGAUGCAUUCUGACCAAUAUCAAUCCAGAGUCCGCACUGAGAAACCCAGAUGGACAACCUUUGAAGACCCUCAAAGAGUACAGAAUGGUGCCUGGUGCUGGGGAAUCACCAAUCCUGGGCAUUCAUCUGGGCGUUCGUGAGACCGGAAAGGUUUCCAUUGGCGAUACAGUUUAUGUGGGCGAGAAGUAA